UGAAGGGGGUGGAGUUUAUCGUACGUAAUGCGGAGGCACUUUUUGACAGUCAUGUUAUGAUUACAUGAUUAGAUAAGUGACACAGCACUGACUCUCUUCACCCAUCAAUCUCAGGCUGGAUUUGACUGAAUUUUCCUUUUUUUUUUUUUUUUCUUCAAAGAUAAGUCUUUCUUUGACUCGUUAUUUCUAUAACACUGCUUCCACUUUUCGAUUUCUGUUGCUAGCUAGCUAGCUGGAGGUCAACUUUUGCCGAGACAGUCGGGCAACUUCGCCGUUGGUUCCAGUUGGAAAAGACUCCUUGUUGCACCAUGGCCCAAAACAACUCUUCUUUUCCGGUGAAACUGUUCAUUUACGACCUGUCCAGGGGAAUGGCUCGCCAGCUGAGUCCAGUUAUGCUAGGGAGACAGUUGGAUGGCAUAUGGCACACAGGUGUUGUUGUCCACGGAAAAGAGUUUUUCUUUGGUGGAGCUGGAAUCAACCGCUGCCUACCUUGUGGCACUAUACUGGGCCAGCCGAACUCAGUAGUGGAUUUGGGUUACACCGAGGUGAAUGAAGAUUUGUUUAUGGAGUAUCUGGACUCGCUGGCUGAGUCAGAGUACAGAUGUGACAGGUAUAACAUGUUUGAGCACAACUGCAACACCUUCAGCAACGACGUGGUGCAGUUCCUCACCGGCAAAAAGAUCCCGUCGUACAUCACAGACCUUCCAUCUGAAAUACUCUCCACAGUCUUAGCCUCUGGCUCCUUCGCUGUCCCCACACCCCCUCUCCUGUUGGGAUGGAGGCUGAUAGAAGCUGACAUGACGGUGGAAUUGUCCUCACCAUCGAGUUAAUGUGACCCAGGGGAAGCUGUCCAUGUACGCUUGGCCUGAUGGCAAAGGAUGCAAAGUGUGUUUCAUCGUGAAGAAUCCGGGAAAAGGGCGACCGAUUGGAGGUAAACUGAAAGAACAGUGAGUGAAACUCUUCAGCUGAACAAUAAACCGUUUUUUUAAUCUCCCUAAACCAUAAGCAACACAAUUUCAACAAACUGUCCUCAUUGGACGAGCAGAUUUUCAAACUUCUUAAUCGUCACUAAAGAAUCUAAACUUACUCCGAUCACUCCGGAAUGCUCAUUUUAUUUACUAGACGAUUCAUAUAGUUUGGAAAAUGCUCUUUUUUCUGACUGAAACGUUAUCUUACACACUGAUUUUUUACUUCUUUUUCAUUUUUUUUACUCAAGGUCAUGAAUGAAGUGAAAAUUUGACAGAAGUCAGCCUCAUAAAGCAAAGAUAAAAACAACAAUCUAAAGUUGCAUAAACCUCUACAUUAUUUGAACAAAAAUAGUUGUUUGCAUUUAUUAAGUUAAAGAAUCAAUGUAUAUUUGACCGUUUUAUUACUAUUUUUAUGGUUCUUAACAGUGCAACAAAAGAGAUAUGAAAGGAAAAAAAAAGAAAAAAUACCCUUAUUGGUUAAAGGGAGUCAUCACUUCAGUGCCUUGCAGAAGUAUUCACACUAUGAAGCUUUGAGUCGCUGCCUGUUAGAACCUGGCUGCAGUUACAGCUGCAGGUCUUCUGGGCCGUUUCUACUAGCUUGGUUCACCUGGAAUCAGAAAACGUUUUUUUUAAUUAUUUAUUCUGAGAUUAAAUUGGAAACAAAAGAGGACUUCUCAGGAGAGUUGAUUGCGCAGGAUCUUAUUUUGGGGUGUCUGUGUAAAGUGGCCAAAAACUCACUUGUUAUAUUCUUAUUUGUAAAAAAAUAUAUAGAUAUACAUUUAAAAAACAUUUCCUUCUAACUGUACCCAUUAUGUUGUUCUAUUACAUAAAACCACAUAAACUAUAUUGAAGGCUGUGAUUAAGCGACUAAAUAUGACAUAAUUCAUAAUUCAGGUGGUAUAAAUACUUUUGCAAGGCACUGCAUGAUUCCUUAUUCUAUUGCUCCCUAUAUUUAUUGAAGAUGCAUAAAAUAAACACCAUGUUUGAAUUAUAAAACUCAAAGGAGCAGUUUUAUAUACAUAACCCCAAAACAUAGGCCAGUUUGUACACAUGCUAACUAUAAUUUACUAUGUAACUAUUUAUGAAAUAAACUUUUAUUUACUUCAACUACCUGGAGACUACUUUUAUUCUAAGAAUGAAAAUUGUCUGUAAGAACUACUAUUAAUGACAAAAACUUUCCAGUUUCUCAGAUAGUUUGAAUUUCUUUGGACAAACAAGUUAGCAAAAAGGCUAGUAGUAAUAUUAGCGUGUAUGCUAGCUUUUCAAAUGAUUUGCUUGACAACCUGACUGCAUUGUUAUAAAUACAGAAACAAAAAGCAAUUAUAGUAAGCCAAUUUUGAAUUUUAUAUGCUUCAUCCAUUGGAUGAGAUACAUCUUUCUGUGUCAUGGUUUAUGUUGAUGUAAAUAGCAUAUUUUGUUAAAAAAAAACAAUGAAAAAUGCUAAAAUCAGCCUUUUCUUCUUCUGUUAUGAAUAUAUACUGGGUGUUUCUGUGUUUUUUGUGUCGAAGUUCUGGGCCGUUCCAGACUCUGGUAAAAUGAGCACUCAUUGUUUAAUCCCAGACUUAAUAUUAUCAGCUGGUUGGCUAGGCAGCUAACUCCGCCGGAGUUAGAGCUCUGUCUACUCCCACCUCUGCCAUAUUACAUAGCAGUGUUACUGAUUCACUAUUUUUACUCCAGGCAAGAAACCAUAAUAUAAGUUCCCUAAAAUGUGAUUCUUUUUUUGGAUUAAAGGAACUAAUUACAGUGUGACUAGUUGGUUUAGUGUCAUACCCGGGCUAGCUACCAGAACCUUUACUUGGCUGACACAAGUUUGGAAUUUGCUCCUCCGACAUCCAUAUUAAAACCAAAACAUUAAAAAUAAAAACAUGUUUGUGUACAAACCAAGCUACGACUUCUAAACUAUAGACAGAGAAACAUUGGUUUUAUCCAGACUGGAUCUCUACAGGGCUUGAUCAUCCUGUGAUAUAGCAAAGCUGCAGCGGUUAAACAUCUACAAGCCCAAUGCAGCAGAGAGGAGCCUGAGUGUGUUUUUAACUCAUCUUCUAGAGUGAGUAGCAAUGAGUGUGUCUCCUGGUUUUUUUCCCCCACACAUUGAAAAUCUGAGCUCUUGCUUUUUUCAUGUACAUUGGAAAGCGUGUCUUUGCUUAGCCCCUGGGCAUGUUGGACUGUUAAGGAAGUGCAGUACCUGGCUCGCUCCAAAGUUUUUCUUGAGUUCAGCAAUGUGGUAGGUCA